ACCGCGAGGCGAUAUGUUACGUAAGUCGUCCAAGUCCACGUCGUCGGCAACAGUCAGUGCCCGAAUAGAUGCACGUACGCGCCUGUUCUCUCGCUCCACUCCCUAUGUUCGGAGGCGAUAACAUAGUGCAUACAUGAUAACGCUUGAUUAAAAUCCGUUUAUUUCGGUUAGAAGGACUGAUAGCAGUUCGAUCUACGUUUCAUUAUCGUCCUGAGACACGUGGUCAUCGCAAUAAAAUUGCAUUAUCGGUGCGAUAUCUGGCGGCCAGUAAACACAGAUAUGUUUCCGCCUACCUACGUCGAGGGUUUCCACGACCCCGAAGCGGUGAAGGCAAUGGAGUACAAAGAGCUUGGGAAAACUGGGCUGCUCGUGAGCAAAUUAUCUUUCGGCGCCGGUCCGCUCGGCUGUCAUUACGGCACGUACGACGAGGCGGACGCUAUCGAAGCCGUACGCCGAGCGAUAAAACAAGGUGUCAAUUAUAUCGACACGGCACCCUGGUACGGCCAAGGUCGAUCCGAGGCGACGCUCGGCAAGGCGUUAAAGGGCAUUCCGCGCGAGGCUUACUACAUCGCGACGAAGGUCGGCAGGUACGAGCUGGAUUACGACAAUAUGUUCGACUUCGGCGUCGAGAAAACCCGGAGGAGUUUCAGGAAGAGCCUGGAACUGCUUGGGGUGGAUUACGUCGAUGUUAUUCAGGUUCACGAUAUCGAAUUCGCGCCCUCGCUGCAAACAAUAGUCACGCAAACUUUGCCGGAACUAUCCAAGUGCGUGGCCGAGGGCAGAGCCAAGUAUAUAGGUGUGACCGGGUACCCGGUGUCCUUCCUGAAAGACUGCGUCGAGAGGAGUAACAUAGAUAUAGCCUGCGUGUUGAGUUACGCGAACCUCACUCUCAUCAGCGACAAUCUGCUGAGAUUCGUUCCGUUCUUCAAGGAGCACAAGAUCGGUGUAAUUAAUGCCGCCGCGCCGUGCAUGGGUCUUCUGACGAACGACGGUCCACCGAGCUGGCAUCCGGCCUCCGACGAGACGAAGAAACAAUGCGCGAACGCCGCGCAAUACUGCAAGGAGCGCGACGUGGAGCUCGCCAAGCUGGCAAUAUGGCACUCCAUGCAGUGCGCGGACGUGGAUACCAAUUUAGUUGGAAUACAGAACACGAAGCAGCUGCAGAUGAAUCUAGAUGUGAUGCGAAACGGCAUUACGGAGAAGGAAAAGGCGCUGCUGCGCGAAAUUCAGGAAAAGUUUCUGUCGACGGUGAAGAAUCAGCACUGGGAGGGCAAAGAGGUCAGCGCGUAUCGAGAAGCCAUCGAGAGGAGCGCAUGAGAAAAAUAUACUUUUAUUUCCGCUGGUCUAUAUAUAAGUUUAUAGUUCUCUCUGCAACAUACAUAACAACAUUUGGAACACCC